GGCUUAUCCUUACCCAAUGCUGCUUUCCUGGGGCGGGGCCGCGUGAAGACUCAGAGCCAAUCAGCGGCGACGUACCUUGUGCGCCUCCACGUCGGCAGCAGCUGCGGUCAAGAUGGAGGCACUGAUUUUGGAGCCCUCCCUGUACACUGUCAAGGCCGUCCUGAUUCUGGACAAUGAUGGAGAUCGGCUCUUUGCUAAGUACUAUGACGACACCUAUCCCAGUGUCAAGGAGCAAAAGGCCUUUGAGAAGAACAUUUUCAACAAGACCCAUCGGACAGAUAGUGAAAUUGCUCUGUUGGAAGGGCUGACAGUGGUCUAUAAAAGUAGCAUCGAUCUCUAUUUCUAUGUGAUUGGCAGCUCCUAUGAAAAUGAGUUGAUGCUAAUGGCUGUUCUGAAUUGCCUGUUUGACUCCUUGAGCCAGAUGCUGAGGAAGAAUGUAGAAAAGAGAGCUCUGCUGGAGAACAUGGAGGGGCUCUUCUUGGCUGUGGAUGAAAUUGUAGAUGGAGGGGUGAUCCUAGAGAGCGACCCCCAGCAAGUGGUGCACCGGGUGGCUUUGAGGGGUGAGGACGUCCCCCUUACAGAGCAGACCGUGUCUCAGGUGCUGCAGUCAGCAAAGGAACAGAUCAAGUGGUCCCUCCUUCGGUGAAGAUGUUUCAUGCCCAGUUCCUUGCGCCUCAAACCCCCACAUCUGCUAUGACUUGUUAUCCAGGUCCCCAACAGAUGCUCUUAGGGUCAUGUUGGAGAAUCACAAUGGACCCUGCAUCUCCAUCCUUUCUGGGGUUGUUGUCCCCCACUCCUUCCCACUCAAGGGCAGAUUUGAAUGAGGCAGGGGACACCCUCUUCCUACUACACUGGUUUUCCCACCCCCACAUUCUCUCCUUGAUUUCUUGGCCCUUUUCUAUGGCUGUACUUCAGAUCAAAGCAGGAGAAAGAAUGUGCUGAGUGUUUCCCUUCCUGUGCCCCAAGGGCCCUCAUCCCAGCAGCCCAUAUGUCCAGCAAAGGGGAGGACUCCUUCUUUUAGCCCAAGUGGGUAUGGAGUGGCAGGGGCUGUGCAUCUUUGGCUGUGCAGCUUCUCUCCUUCCUGCUGCCCUGUCCUCAGCUGAGCUGUUGGGGCAGUGAUUUAAAUGCUGUCCGUGAGUGUGUAGGCUCUGCUGUAAUCUGGCCUUUAGCCUCAAAGCUGCUGUGCCUGCCUGUACCUGAGAGCAGCCUACUCUAGGUCUGUACCACACCUCUGUCUGUAGCACCUGCGAGAUCUUUGCCUGGUGUGGCCUCCGGUAGCCUGGAGCAAAGCCAGACCUUGGAACUAAAAGCGAGGUAGCCUCCAGAAAAGUUUCUACACAGAACCAGAAAAAAAGGGUCCUUCAUGACUUGGGCCUUGCCAUGUUCCUUCUCUGCUCUCCCACUCACACUCCUCUGCCUUGGUUCUGCAGGCUGCUGUUGACCUCUCCCUCUCUGCCCCAGCCUUUCCCGCAGCCGAGGGUCUGGUGCCUGCCUUUCUUCUAAGGCUUGGAUUUCCGUCCUUGGGUGAAAUGUUGUCCCUUGACCCCACAUCUCCGUGAAAAUGUCUUAGAAAAAUAUUUGCCUGCAAACAUUCUACCCCCUGCCUUGACUGAAGUGGGCAGACUGGAGGCGGCCUCUGCAAGAAAUGGAGUCAGACGAAGUCCACCUUGUACGCUGCUGUGUGUCAGAGGAAUAAAGUGAAUCUCUUCCAAA